AUGGCGCGAAAGAAGCUGCUCUCCUUUGCGCUUUUGCUUGGCGUCCUGAUGCCGAUCGGGAUAAACCGCAACUUUCCACAAAAGGCUUUUGCCACGACGAGCUUGUGGCAAAGAUCCGAUGCAUCAUUCAGCUUCGGCACAGUGAGACGGGGGCAAACAAGACUGGCGAAGACCCGCAGUCUUUCCCAGAAAGCUGAAGGACGUGCAGCAUCCACACUUUCUUACUACCUGGUUUGGUCUCCGGGAAUUUGGCCAAAGAUGCUAUGCUCCUUUGCAACGAUGGUCACUCUUCAGCUUGUGGGCGGCCAUCUCUUCAGCUCGAGCGGGCUAACAUGUCCAGCCGGUCUCUCCCUUGUCCGGCCCAUUUGGGACCUUUUCCUGCUGCCACUGCUGUCGAGUGCCUGCUGCGGAAUUCAGCUCGUUAUCAAUGCUUUGGUUGGAGCUAGUGGCUGCGCCGGGUUCAACAAAUGGUUUGGCCCUCUUCGGCCCUACUUUCUCGGCUGUCUCUUCAGCACGACGGCUGUAUCCAUCUUCCGGAGACACGGGAACUUUCGUUUCGUUUGGUUGCAGUGCAUUCUUGCUUUCUUGCCGGAGCUCGUCCACCUUUGGAAUCUGCACGGACCUCAGAGGCAGAUCGGCGCUACACCUUCACACACGGUCGACCUAAGCAUUGCCAGCAUGGGCUGCGUGGCCUGUAUCAAGAAGGUGGAAAGCAGCCUCCGCGAGGUCCCCGGCGUCUUGCGCUCGGAGGCUUGGCUCGAAGAUGGUGGAAGGGCUCGGGUCCAAUGCAGCGUCUCGGAGACGGAGGUAUCUGAGCUGACAGCUCGGCUUUCAAGGGCGGUUGAGCGUGCGGGCUUCGAGCCUUGCAGGGUGAUUGGCGUAAAUCUGGAAGAGCCCUAA